AUGGCUCGCCCGUUGUCGACCGACAUCUCUCAGUCGGUGAAGCUCAAAUACGUAAAGCUCGGCUAUCAAUACCUGGUCAACCACUUCAUGACCUUCUUCCUAAUCCCCCUCAUGGCUGCCUUGGCCAUAGAGACCCUCCGCAUGGGUCCCGAGGAAAUCAUCAACCUUUACAACAAACUCGAAUGCAAUCUGCUCUACCUCCUUUGCACCUUCUUCUUCUUUAUAUGCAUUUCGACAUACUUCUUCAUGUCGCGUCCCAGGACAGUCUACUUGGUCGACUACGCAUUGUUCAAGCCGCCCACGAGCUUCCGGGUCUCGUUCGCCGGGUUCAUGGAGCACUCCCGUAUGGACCUUUUGAGCGAGCCCAAGAGCAUCAAUUUCCAGAUGAAGAUUCUGGAGCGGUCGGGCCUGGGUGAAGAGACAUGUCUACCCCCCGCGCUGCGUUAUAUUCCGCCCUCCCCAGACAUGGCCUCGUCCAGGGAAGAGGCGGAGCUCGUCAUCUUCUCCUGCAUGGACUCGCUCUUCAAGAAAACAGGGCUCAAGCCCAAGGACGUCGACAUCCUCAUUCUGAACUGCAGCCUGUUUUCUCCGACCCCGUCACUAACGGCCAUGGUGAUCAACAAGUACAGAAUGAGGAGCAACAUCAAGAGCUUCAAUCUGUCGGGCAUGGGCUGCAGCGCGGGCCUUAUUUCAGUAGACCUGGCUAAGGAUAUGCUUCAGCACUACCCGAAUUCAAAUGCGGUGGUAAUCAGCACCGAGAUUUUGACCCCCAACCGCUACAUGGGGAAGGAGAGGGCGAUGCUCCUACCCAACUGCUUGUUUCGGAUGGGGGGCGCCGCCUUGCUGAUGUCCAACCGGCGGGCCGAGCGGCGGCGAGCCAAGUACCGGCUGGCCCACGUUGUCCGCACGCACAAGGGCUCCGACGAAAAGUCGUACCGGUUUGGGAAUACGUCGUCGUCUUCGCUGUGGUACGAGUUGAGCUACAUUGAGUCGAAGGGGAGGAUGAGGAAAGGGGAUCGAGUGUGGCAGAUAGCGUUUGGGAGCGGGUUCAAAUGCAACAGUGCGGUUUGGAAGUGUAACAGAACCAUACGGACGCCGGUUGAUGGGCCGUGGGCCGAUUGCAUCGAUAAGUACCCGGUCCAUAUACCCCAAGUGGUUAAGCUCUGA